AUGGAGGAGACGAAAAGAGUUGAGCAACAAUUCUCAAAGGAAAAUUUUCAACAGAAUUAUUUAAAUACACAACAACAGAAACAUGAAUCGAAUAAAACAAUAAAACCGUGUGGUUUGACAAUAGCUGUUGCAUCUUAUGCACAACAACGUAUUUGGUUACAUGAAAAAUUAUAUUUUCAAUCGUCGGAUAAAUUUCAUUCAGUUUAUAAUUUACCAAUUAUAUUUAAAAUCAAAUGUGGAAAAGUAUCAAUUCAGCGUCUACGUAUGGCUCUGUUAAAUAUUAUUUAUAAAUAUUCAGUACUUCGAACAUCCGUUAAAUAUAAUUCAAAUAAAAAUCAAUUAGAACAAAAUAUAAAAUCAAUGUCAAUACCAUUGGGUACUACUAGAGAUGCAGAUGAUUAUUAUCAAUUUCAGUUAAGUAAAAUAGAUCAAGAGGAUGAGUUAAAAAUUCUUUUAUUAAAUGAAAAGAAAAUGAAAUGUUUUGACAUAGAAAAUGGAAUUGUUUUCAGAUGUCAUUUAAUUAAAUAUCAUAAAGAUGACAAUAAUAACGACAGUGAUUCAUUAUAUCAUGAUGAUUUUAUUAUAUUCAACUAUCAUCAUAUUGUAGGAGAUAUCACAUCGUACAAACCAUUUAUUACUGCUUUACAGAAUGCUUAUGAAAACUGUCAAAAUAUAAAUGAUGAAAUUCCUUUACAAUACAUUGAUUAUACAAUAUAUGAACAACAACUAUUUGAUUCAUCAUCAUCUGAUAUCAAUAAUGCUUGUUUAUUUUGGAAACAAUUAUUAAAUGAAUAUGAUUUUAAUAAACAACAAUUACAAUUACCAUAUGAUUAUCAUCUAAAUUCAUUACAACGUUCAGGUUACAGUUCAUUCAUUCGAAUAGAACUGGAUUUAGAAUUAGUUGAACAAAUGAUUAAUUAUAAACAAUUAAUGAAUAUAUCUUUUUUCCAGUUAUGUCUAACAUGUUACUAUCUAUUAAUUUAUAAAAUGACACAAGAGAAAGAUUUAUGUAUUGGAAUUGCUGUAGCAAAUCGUUAUCGUUCAGAAUUACAAUCAAUGUUAGGUAUGUUUGUUAAUCUAUUACCUUAUCGUUAUCAAUUGAAUCCAUCAGAAACAUUUUCAAACAUUCUGGGACAAGUAAAACAACGAUGCUUAGAUAUUUUACAAUAUUCAUAUUUACCUUAUCAAAAAAUUAUUGCUUUACAUCGUCACGAACAACAAUCAUCAUCAUCACAAACACAAUUGAUUCAAACAACAGUUCAAGUUGCACCAUCAUAUACCCAAAUUGAUGUAAUUUUGGAUAAUAAUGAUACAGUACUUAUGAAAUUGAAUGAUGAACAAGACAAUAGUGUAAUACAAUUUGAUCUAUCUUUAUCAAUAUCAUAUAAUCAACAAAGUAAAUGUAUAAGCUGUUCCUUUGAAUACUCUCAAGAUGUAUUCAAACAUUCAACCAUUGAAACAAUGUCACAACGAUUCCAUUCAAUCUUAAAACAAUUAUUUUCAUCUUCUUCUUCAUUUGAGAAAAUGAAACGUCCAG